AUGGAUCCGCCAACUUUGCCUCCUGAAGAAGUUAUCCCAUUAAUAGUAAGUCAAUUAUGUGAGUAUGGAUACACACAAUUGGCUCAAAUUGUUGCUGAACAAACGGAUAUCCCAGUGGACUUAAGACCAAGUCCAAAAUUAUCAGAGUUGCUUUAUAUUGCAAAAGAACAAGAUGAGGGUGAUGAGAUGAGGCCAUGCGAAAUGCCUGAAGAAGACCCUGAUUCAGGUGACAGUAGUCAGGGAGACGAUGGUGUUUAUCAUUCAAAGUAUUUAACACAUGUUGAUCCGGAGACUAGAAAUGUGCCUAAGCCAGCUCCAAACUAUUCAACUUGGUAUAUGACAACUCAUCGGGCUGCUUCUACAUGUGCAAUAUUUAGUGGAGAUGGAAAAUAUGCCGCUACCGGAUCUGCAGAUGCAUCACUUAAAGUUCUUGAUACAAGUAAAAUGAAUAGUCGUUCAGAUGAAGAUAGGCCAGUUAUAAGAACUUUAUACGACCAUCUUGCAGGUGUAAAUGAUUUGUCAUUCCAUCCUAAUGGCCUCGUUCUUGCAUCUUGUUCUGAUGAUCAAAGUAUUAAGCUCUUUGAUUUAUCAAAACCUGGUGUUAAACGAUCUUUUCGAUAUUUACAGGAUACACAUGUUGUUAGGUCGAUAGCCUUUCAUCCAUCCGGGGAUUAUAUACUAGCAGGAACUGAUCAUGAGUCUAUAAGGGCUUAUGAUGUCAAAAAUUUCCAGUGUUUUACAGCAUCCACUUCGCCAGGUGAUCUUCAUAGAGGCGGUAUUACAAAGGUUCGAUUUUCUGCAAAUGGCUCUCAAUUUGUUACAUCGUCACUUGAUGGUAGCAUAAAAAUAUGGGAUACCGUAACUGGUCGUUGUGUUACUACAAUCGAAAAUGCGCAUGACGGAGCCUCAGUAUCAAGCGUAAAGUUCUCAAAAACUGGUAAAUUUAUCCUUUCUGGUGGAAGGGAUUCCGUAGCACGAUUAUGGGAGGCUAUUAGUGGAAGAUGUAUCUUGCAGUACGAAGGUGCAACUCAUAAAAAUAAUACAUUGGAAACAACCUUCACUUAUAAUGAGGACUAUGUUCUCAGUAGUGAUGAAGUGAACCCUACUGUCGUAUGCUGGGACUCACGCACCGGUUUAUUGCUAAAGCGUUGGGGAGGACAUGGAAGUACUAUCCGAUGUAUUGCUGCUUCUCCAACUGAACCUGGAUUUAUUAGUUGCAG